AUGAAUAUGGAAAAUCACAAUGAUUCUUCUGAGUGGAAUAAUUGGUCUCAAUACACUGAUCGUUCACACUUUCCUGCUCAAAUUCUACCUCAAAAUAUCUCCGAUUCUUCUUCUGCUUCUUUUCAAUGCAGUGAGUUUCACUCUUGGCCUUUACCUGUUGAAGGAAGUUUAGAAGAUAGAGCUGCAAGUGCUUCCAAGAGUCAUAGUCAAGCAGAGAAAAGACGCAGAGAUAGAAUCAAUACUCAGCUUGCUAAUCUCAGAAAACUUAUUCCUAAGUCUGAUAAGAUGGACAAAGCAGCUUUACUAGGGAGUGUAAUAGAUCAUGUCAAAGACCUAAAGCGAAAAGCAAUGGAUGUUAGCAGAGUCAUCAACGUUCCAACUGAAAUCGACGAAGUUUCAAUAGACUACAACCAUGUUAUUGAAGACGAAACCAGCACUAACAAAGUCGACAAAUUCAAGAACAAUAUAAUCAUCAAAGCUUCUGUUUGCUGCGACGAUCGACCUGAACUUUUCUCUGAACUAAUUCAAGUCCUCAAAGGGCUAAGACUUACAACAGUUAAAGCAGACAUAGCAAGUGUUGGUGGCAGAAUCAAAAGCAUAUUGGUGCUUUGUUCUAAGGACAGUGAAGAGAAUGUUUGCAUUAACACUCUCAAACAGUCCCUUAAAUCAGCAGUGACCAAAAUUGCUUCAUCAUCGAUGGUGUCUAAUUGUCCUACUAGAAGUAAGAGGCAAAGGUUCUUUUUGCCUUCACAUUUCGUAUAG